ACCUGGGCAAUAAAAUAUACUGCUAACGAGGUAUAUACAUGCCUCGCACAGGAAAUGAAAUAACCACACGUUUCGAAAUUUUAUAGGCGCUACUAUAAAACACUUUUAUGACAUUCUCAUUCGAUUCCUAACUCAUUUUUACCGCUUUUUAGAGAAAUGUAGACCCGAAAUGAGAGUUGCUUUAUAUAUCAUCGUAAUUUAUACAACUAUUAUACAUACGACAUCGUAUAUUAACGUUAGAGAUGGUGAAAAGUCUUCAAUAUACAGAUAUGAUCAGAAAAAUCCUAAUAAAAUUACUAAUAAUGACAAAAACGUACUACAUUUUGGACUUGGGAAAAGAAUAGAAGAUCUUAAAGAUGCAAAGGCUGCGAAAAGAAAAUCCGAAGUAUUGAAAAGAUUAAAGGUUUAUGAAAAACAACUUAACAUGGCGGGCGAUAUUGAAAAAAUUGUAAAAGAUCCGGACUUAGAAAAGCAAGUGUACCACAAAGACCCUGUGUUGAACUACAUGAAGGGGAGAAAUUUUAGAAGAGCAAGACGAUCCUCGGAGUCUUCUUAUUUUGAGAGUGACUCUUCUAGUUCAAGCAGAGAAAUUCCGGAUUGGAAGGAAGAAUGGAAACAGCAUUGGCUGCAGAAGAAGUUAGAAGCAAUCAACUCUUCUGUGCCUAAAGGCGAUAUAGUUAACAUGGUUGCUGCAAGGCCAUGGGGUGUGCCUUGUGGAGAUCCAAAUCAACAUGAUGCACCAUGGGGAUCUUGCAUGUUACCGAUGGAGUGUGAAGCCGAAUACAGAAUAUAUCGAGGAGAUUACUUCUGUGGCCGUACCAAAUUCAUAUGCUGCGCUCUGGAGGUGACAAACUACGAUCUAUACGCAGGAUUUGAUGUUUCAUUUGCCGAUUCGAGCUUAGCAACUGAUACAGAAGAAAAGAAAGGUAAAAACAAAGGUUCUAAAGAGCGUAAAAGACGCAAGAGGGCAAGAGAUAAAAAACGUAGACUGAGAGAAAGGUUGAAGCGUAAACGUAAAAUAAAGAGGACCAUUAGAAAGAUAAUGAGAGAAAUAAGAAAGAUACUGAAUAGGUCAUAUCGAAAUGGAACCACCGCAAGGAAGAAGAAGACAAAGCAACUAAAGAAAUUCAUCAAAGAGUUGAAGAAGCGUUACAGGAAAGAAAGAAAGUCUGUCAAAGACAUCCAUGAAAUGGAGUUGAUAAAAAUUGAUGCAGCGUUACAAAACAGAUUAAACGAAAUACGAGGCAUGAACCGAGAUUUCAUAAGUAACCAAACUUUUAGGGAUAUCAUUGUAAAUGGAACGAUAAAUAGACAGAAUAUGAAAAUGUUGAUGAAAGCGUAUCCAGAUUUGGCUGAUGUGUUCAAAUCGAGGCGGAGUGGGACUGUCAGGAGUCCCCGGGAUUAUUUGGAAUACGAUAUCGAAUAUGGAUAUCUUUAUUACUGAGCAAUAAAACCUUUUUUGGCUCCUU